GCUUUUCUGUGGCCAUAGUCUGGUCGAUCUCCCACCCAUACUAACCGUUGAAUAAGAUAACAGGAGUAUAUGCUGACCCCAUUUUAGUGGUUAAUUCUUAAACACAGAGUGAAACAGACGCUGACAUUAACCAGUAAGGAAUUAUUAAAACAUAAUUUUGUUACCAUUAUUAUAGUAAAAAUAUGCUAUCAUUGCUGUGAGAAGUUAUGAAGAUUUGUAUGUGAUCCACACAAAUAUUAGUACUUUCUAAAUUGAAUGUGUAUUAUGUUCAAAACUACUGACCACUCCUAUUAACACACCUAUUUAUAAACAUUAGUUCAGGCCACACUGACCAGCUGACCAGUUCUUUGACAGAAGUAUAUGAAAUUAAACUGGACUUUUAAUAUGUUUUAGAACGCUUAGCUCUUUGCCAGAUUACGAGUGCCGUUGAAUUACAGAUUCUGCAUAACAGAAUCAGAAUUUGGGCCGAGCUCCAUGGUGAAGGGGAUUAGAUUGAACCGCUAUCCAUUUUUAAUGAUGUGAGAACAUGGGCAAUGACUUGCUGAAAGUUUAAUGGCUCAGAAGUAGAUUCAGUCUCUAAAGCCACUGACAGUAAUGCAAUCUGCUGCAUAGAAAUCUGUGAAACUUUCUUUUUCACUAUGGGAAGCAGAUUAACAGCAUCACAGGAGAUCUCUGUACAUUUUCUAAAAAAAUUUUUUUUUAAUUAUUGUUGCUAAUUCCCCGAAUAUUUAAUACCAUCCUUUCUGCUUGUUUGUGGAAAUUCUCUUCCAGAACAGUUUUUUUUUUUGGCACCUAAUUCCAUAGACAGGGUUGUCUGAAUGUGUACCCAAAGUGGUGUAGGUUUAUAGGUUUAAACCUGAGAUAGCCUAUGUCAGUCUUUUCACCACAUAGAUGUAUUAUGUAUCACCCGCAUAUCAACUUCCCUCCAAGUCAUUUGACACCCAAGCCUUAUAGCUGGAGCCAGGCAACCAGGAUGACUUGCAUGCCAGUCAGGAAGCAGACACACUUCAGGUGGACACUGAACACGGAUCAUGACCUUCAUAGCCAAGACAUUUUAUGACUUGCGUGCUACCACGCUGGAAGGGGACUCGGUUGAUUUUAAUAUCUACCGAGGAAGAGUGGUACUUAUUGAGAAUGUGGCAUCACUAUGAGGUACCACCACCCGGGACUACAGCCAGCUCAACCAGCUCCAGAGCAGGUAUCCGCACAGGCUGGUGGUCCUGGCCUUCCCCUGUAAUCAGUUUGGCUACCAGGAAAACUGCAAAAAUGGAGAGAUCCUGAACUCAUUGAAGCACGUACGUCCAGGUGAAGGGUUUGAACCUUCGUUCACCAUUUUUGAGAAGUGCGACGUUAAUGGGUCUAAUACACAUCCCGUGUUCGCAUACCUGAAAGACAAACUUCCAUACCCCGAUGAUGAUCCAGUCUCUCUUAUUCAGGACCCCAAGUUCUUAGUGUGGAGUCCCAUCAGCAGAACUGAUAUCUCAUGGAAUUUUGAGAAGUUCCUGAUUGGCCCAGAGGGUGAACCCUUCAAGAGAUACAGCAAAAACUUUGAGACCAUUAACAUAGAGCCUGACAUUCAAAGGCUAUUGAGGCUAACCAAAAACUAAUUAAAACAUGUGCCUCAGAAUGCAUUUAAUUUCAUUGUAGGUACCACUUUGUGCUCUUCUACAUUUUCUUAUUUUACUUAAUGAUGUUGAUGCUCUAAACUUAGGGAGUGUUAACUGAGGUGGCGUAAAUAUAAAAGACAUGUAGA